AUGGACUUCCUUUGCAAACCAAUGAAUGAGGAGACUUCUGAUUGCUUCUUGAGCCAGCAGGAUAUGAACAAAUGUCCUUUUUUGAGGAACAUACACAAACCAACCAAUUUUUCUUUUGGUUCUUUGAACUUCCCAACCGUUGCCAAUGGCCCAAUUUUCGAGGAUGGUCCAAACUUUGAGAUGGCCUUCAAACUCUUCCACGGGAAAGAUGGGUUGGUCCCUCUCUCUGGCAGCUCUCAAAUCCAUCUUGACCAACAUGAGACGGAGGCUGCACCAGAAUUCAACCCUUUAGCAUCGAGAGCUGCCUCUAUCAGUAUGUCAUCAUUUGGUCCAGGUGGACCUUUCGGUUUCAAUUCUUUCUUCGGGAAGAUUCAGAAAAAAAAGCCUGAUUCAUCCAGAAAGAGAGAGCAUUCCUCUAAGGGCGACUCAUCAAAACACGAGGCGCUUGGGAACGAAUGGCUCGAGAAAGGCAACUGCCCUAUCGCGAAAUCAUACAGGGCAGUCAGCCACAUCCUCCCUCUUGUGGCGGCCUCCCUUCGCCCGCCGCCCGGGAUCAAGCUCAAGUGCCCGCCAGCUGUCGUCGCUGCCCGGGCAGCCCUGGCCCGAACCGCGUUCGUCAAGAGCGUCAGGCCACAACCGCUGCCUGCCAAAAUACUCGUGAUCGGCGCUCUUGGGAUCGCCGCCAAUAUCCCACUGGGCAUAUGGAGGGAGCACACGACAAAGUUUUCCCUGUCGUGGUUUGCGGCUGUUCAUGCGGCAGUCCCCUUCAUAGCCAUGCUUAGAAAGUCGGUGGCCAUGCCCAAGACGGCCAUGGCUCUCACCAUCUUGGGCUCGGUCAUCGGGCAGCUAAUCGGGUCGCGGGCCGAGCGGCUCCGGAUGAGAGUCGAGGCUGAGAGGAUGGUGGGGACAGAUGGCGGCGGUCGAUGUGGGAAGGGGAUGGAGUGGGACCCGGUCGAGGGUGGGGUAGGGAAGAGUACGGCCCCAUCCUCGUCCAUCAUUAGCGUGUGA